GGGAAACCUGUCGACCGAACAUUCCCCCGAUAGCAGCUUCCGGCAUUGGGACGGCUUCCGGGUUAGUCCAGAGGGUUACAAUGUGGGAAGGGGCUUCCUCCUCAUUGUUGCCCUGUAGCGUGUGCCAGCAGCAGUAAGCAUCUACCGCCCCUCCCCUUCUCGGCCUGUUUCCGAGUUCGUCCCUUACUCACUCACUCUGACUGUAAACUCACAGCUCCCGGCUGGGAGCUGUCGAAGAGCUUCAAGCGCUCGACGAUGCAAGGAGGGGACGUGACAGUUUCAGCUUCUGCCUCCAUGAAAGUGCCUGAACCUGAUGUGAAAGCAGAAGCGCCUGUGCACAAACUGUUGGGAAGGGGAAAGGGCUGGCAAUACAGUGAUCACAUGGAGAAUGUACAUGGAUAUUUGAUGAAAUAUACUAACCUUGUCACAGGCUGGCAGUAUCGAUUCUUUGUUUUAAAUAAUGAAGCUGGACUACUAGAAUAUUUUGUGAAUGAGCAAUCCAGAAAUCAGAAGCCAAGAGGCACUUUGCAGCUAGCAGGGGCAGUCAUCUCACCAAGUGAUGAAGACUCUCACACCUUCACAGUCAAUGCUGCUAUCGGAGAGCAGUACAAACUAAGAGCCACUGAUGCAAAGGAACGUCAACACUGGGUUAGCAGACUUCAGAUAUGUACUCAACACCAUACAGAGGCUAUUGGAAAGAAUAAUCCACCUUUGAAAUCUCGAAGUUUUUCCCUGGCUUCUCAGGGAAACAGUUCUCCAGGUGUGCAGAGAAGAGCAAGUCAAAAUGCGGCUGCUUUCUUUGGUGUAACUCAUCACAAGGCACUGGGGCUUUCAAAGAGAUCCCAUACUCUGCAACCAGAUCAUUUGGUGGAUGUUCGUGAGAUGAUGAACCAGGCCGAAGGACAACAUAAGGAUCUGGUGCGAAUCAUUGAAGGAUUGCCUCCCUUUGGAGAAAAAAUAUCAGCACUGGACCAAGACCUGCUUAUGCUCAAAGCCACCACAAUGGCAACAAUGAACUGUUUGAAUGAUUGCUUUCAUAUUCUCCAGCUCCAGCAGGCAGCCUGCCAGAGGAGUUCCUUUGCUGCAGGGGCAACAAUUGAGUGGUUGGAACCUAAAUUGCCGCUAUCAGAUCAUCUUAAGAAUGGAAAGGCACGGCAGUCGUCAGUUGAGAAAGAUCAAACAAAAGCGGCUAGUGGAGUACAGCCUGUUCCUGAACCCUGCCAAUCAACACGGAAAUGCCCUUGUAUACUUUUUCAUCAUUUUGGGGAGAAGUGGAGUGACCAGUUGAAACAUGAUGAGCCAGGGUUACAAGAGAAUGCAUUAGGCAAUAAGAAAGCUGUAACUUGUCCUGUGGUACUUCAUUGCAAUUUUUCUAAGGAACCUGAGAAAAUAAAUCCAGAUGAAGAGAUAGAAGAUGCCUUUGAAAACAAUGAGGAGGAUGAUCUUGGAGUUGUAGAAGAGCAACGUAGUGUUAUAUUGCACUUACUGUCUCAGCUGAAGCUUGGUAUGGAUUUGACACGAGUAGUGCUUCCAACCUUCAUACUGGAAAAACGUUCAUUACUGGAGAUGUAUGCAGAUUUUAUGUCCCAUCCAGACCUGUUCAUUGCUGUUACAGAUGGUGCUACCCCUGAAGAGAGGAUGAUCCGCUUUGUUGAGUAUUACCUUACCUCAUUCCACGAAGGCCGCAAAGGAGCCAUUGCUAAGAAACCGUACAAUCCAAUUAUUGGUGAAACAUUUCAAUGUUCAUGGAAUGUACCAAAAAACACAAUAAACAAUAAAUCAUCCAGUACCUCAUCACAGAGUUGUCAGCAAAUGACAAAAUGUUCUGAUGGGACAGAAGGAAGAGGCCAAUCAGACUAUCAUUUAAGAUUUGUGGCAGAGCAGGUGUCUCACCAUCCACCUGUUUCAGGAUUUUAUGUAGAGUGUGAAGAGAAAAACAUGUGUGCAAAUACGCAUGUAUGGACAAAAAGCAAGUUUAUGGGCAUGUCUAUUGGAGUUGUAAUGAUUGGAGAAGCAUCCUUUACAUUCUGUAGGAUCAGCCAAGUUGUCUUUGAGAAAAUCAUAAGGACCCAAUCUCUCUCAGAUACGUUUGAUGUUUGUACAGUAUCCAUCGACUGUGCUAUGUAAACAAUCCUCCCUAAGAUGGUUCAGUUCUAUUAACCACUGCUCAACAGAACUAUGUCUACCACUGCAGUUUGGAGUUUUUGUAUUAUGUAAAUUCUUGAAGAAACAAGAAGCAUUGCACUUUCAUCUACGUAGUUUACAAAAAGACAUAAUUUCCUAAGGCAUUAAUCAUUUUGAAAUUUGAACAUUCUGAAUUCCAUAGUUAACAUUGAGAUGCAGGAAUUUUAUCUUUGUUAGCAUUUCCUCUACUCUAAUUUGUUGUUUGUACCUGAAGUUAGCUGCCAUUACUAUAUAGCAAACUGCAGGUAUAAAGAUGAUCACUCAGGAAAGGAUUUACAAAAACAACCAACUCCAGAAUAUUGACUUAGUCAGUAUGUUAACUUUAUAAUGUAACUGCAGAGCUUGAAUUUCCUCACCAUUACUUCAGCAUUGUGUGAUUAUGCUUAAUGUGUUUGAUUUUUGGUGUCAGAUGGUGAAACGUACUUCAAUGGCAUAUUAUUGGCAAGCCAGGCUCUUAUCAGGACUUGUGUUUGAGUCUCUAGGCUACAGUAGAUCUCAAGCAUCUUUUAGCUUAUGUUUGGUGCUGCAAUUCUUUCUACAAGUUUCUGUUUUCAUUUAUAGCAAUUAAUUCAACUGCUAAGGCAUUGUUCUCAGUUUGAUUAGGCCCUGAAAAUUGAAUACUGGGUUCGAGAACAUUCUUAGGUAUUAUGCCACUAUUUCACAAUUUUGCAGAGGCAUUCCUUUCUCAUUAUUUCUGUAACCUGCAAAAGGGCAAGUAGAGUUGAAACUGUCUUAAUAAACAAAUAUAAUCCAGGUCAGACAAUAUGUGCAGAGAUUUUACAAGGUGUUUAGAAUGCAUGCAUUCCACUGGCAAGCAAUCCUAUUAUUGACUGUCAGGUGCAACUCGAGCUUAAGGACUUGCAGUCUCUCUGAGGACAGAAAUUCCGUAUUACUAAUUGUGAAAUAGUACAUAAUAUGAACUGCCACUCUGUCAAAGGUACAGCAGCCUGUAACAUACCAAAGAUGGUCAUGAAGGUACCCUAGUGCCUAAUAAAUCUUAUUAAUAUUUGGUCGAGUUCAUUUCAGUUGAUAGUUGGUUGUUUUCGGCAGCCUGGAUUUAGAAGUGUAGUGUAUAACAUAUUAAAUAGUUUAUUGGAAUGGUGUCUGGCCUGAGAUGAGGGCUGAUCAGCUGUAAAACAAGUGCCCACAACAAAGCUCAAAGUGACAAUGGAACUGCAACUCUUUUCUGAGAGGGAAGUGGAGGGUGAGCUUUUCUCAAGUGAGGAACAAGCAUGACAGCUGUAUUUAAGUUUUUAUAAAUGUAAUUGUAAACAAAAUAGGGGAAAAGUAUGAGCACACAACAUUUAAAGAUAAAUAGAUGCAAAAAUCUUGUGAAACUUUGCAACUUUGGUUUUCUGUAGAAUGUAAUAUUGAAACUGAUUUCUGUCAAUAUGAGUACUUAUCUAGGAGAAUUUCCUUUUAUAUAUGCAAGAGUCAUGGUUAUAUAAUGCAGCUCAGGAGCCUGUUAGACAUGCAUUUAGUUGCAUAUAAUGCAAAUCUGCACUCUUGAUGACAAUGAAUAGCCAAAUAGUAAGUCGUCGUGCUGUUGGUUGAUUUUUCCAUGUUUUCAAAGGCUCCUGUAACAAUAUGGCCAUUCCCAAUUUGUGCUAACAGAAUUUAAUCCUCUCCAAGAAAAUACUUUUCUUAUUAAUUACCUCAGCAAAGAUAGGCUGUCUGUACAUUUGAGUAUGUUGAUGCUAAAUGAACUUGGUUCUAGUCUUAAAAAACAAACACGAAAGAACUGUGGAUGUUGAAAAUCUGAAGCAAAAUUAAAAAUUGCUGGAAAAUUUCAGCAGGUCCGGCAACAUCUAUGGACCGAAAUCAGGGUUAAUGUACUGGGUCCAGUGACCCUCCUUCAGAACACCGGUUCUAUUGAAAAGGUUCUACUUUGCAUGGAAAGACAAAGUGCAAAUCUGGAUUCUUGCAUCAUGUAGAACUAGGGUUUCCAAACAAAGAGUAACAGUGACUUAUUUAGUUUUAUCUGCUACCAAUUUCAAUCAAGAAUCUUCCAUGAAACAAGAGUUCUGACACACAUUGCAUUUUGAGUCAAAUAUAUUUACGUUUUUAAAAAGUCACCUUAGCAUCUAUAGUCAUCUAUCUGAAAAUAGUGAUUACACCAAAUUUGUCUUGUCUAGCUUGGAGUCAAGACUGCUUUCUGAUUUAGAAGAUUUGAUCUAAUUGCAUAUACUUAGCCUCAAACUAAAACCCUGUCCCACUAAGUGACACAUCAAGUUGGCCUCCUAUGGUAUGUGGCAGAUACCAGAAUGAAUAUUUACCCAUGAGGUUAUCUUUCAUUCUUUGUAGUUUCCACUAUGUACUAAGGAUCAACUGAUUCAGACCCUCAAAUCACAUUUCUUUGAAGGGUAUUAAGAUCCAUGUAUACGCCUAAAUGUAUAUGUGUUUACAAUUUCUUUGUUCUGCUCCCUCUGGUUGAGAGCUACAAAGUAGCCCAGGGAGGUGCCUUUAUAUGGCGCAAGAAGGGAAGAUCAUAUGAUGUCAAAACUAUCUUAAAGGGCCCUUGUGAUUUUCCUUGUUGACAACCUGGGCUGAUCCUGUGGUAUGGCGGAUGCAUCCUUUUG